AUGGGGCUGCACCGUUUGCCUUGGGACAUUCCCGGCUUUCUCCAAGGGAUGAAAACAAAUCAUCCGUACUCUCCAGUGGUGCGGCAGGAAGGGAGAAAAGCCCCUGAUGACAGUGUCUGCACAAGCAGCGUGUCUGCUGGCGAGGAGUAUGAAGGUGAACGCAACGAAGAAGGUGAGAGACAUGGGCGUGGAAGAGCACGUCUGCCCAACGGUGACACGUACGAGGGGGAAUAUGAACAUGGUUUAAGAAGUGGGCAGGGGACCUACAGAUUUAAAAACGGUGCUUUCUACACUGGAGGAUAUCUUCAAAACAAAAAGCAUGGCCAUGGUGUUUUUUUUUAUCCAGAUGGGUCAAAAUAUGAAGGAUCCUGGGUGAAUGACCAGAGACAUGGCUAUGGAAAGUACACGUAUCCAAAUGGAGACACCUAUUCUGGAGAAUGGUUAAACCACAAUAGGCACGGGCAAGGCACAUAUCUCUAUAAUGACACAAGAUCUAAGUAUGUUGGUGGCUGGGUAGAGGGAAACCAGGAAGGAGAAGCUGAACUUAUCCACCUAAACCAUAGAUACCUGGGCAUGUUUUUGAAUGGAAAUCCUGUAGGUUAUGGCAAAUAUAUCUUUGAUAUUGGAUGUGAACAGCAUGGUGAAUACAUACAACCAGAACAGGAUAGAGGAGAGGAAGAAGAGGAGGAAGAACCGUUAUUACUGGUUGCACCAAAAUGGAAAGCAUCAACAAUUGCCAAAUUAGCAGUCUGGACUCCUCAUGGGGAAAAUCUACCUUCUCACAAAGAACCUCCCCCAGUGGCGGUAGUAACAGCAGAAGCAGUGGAAGAAGGAGGAGCAACAGCACCAGUAACUGAAGAAACAGCACCAGUAACUGAAGAAACAGCACCAGUAGCUGAAGAAACAGCACCAGUAACUGAAGAGGAGAAAAUACCAGUCACUGACGAGCCGGCUGAGGUUAAGGAUGAUGAGCCACCUCCUGUUAAUGAAGUACCCAGUGAAGAUUUAAGCCCAGCACAGAAUGCAGGAGAGGAAGUUGAGAAAGGUGUAGAGGCAGAUGAGGGAAGCAGAGAGGAAGAACAGAAAGUUCGGGAGGAUGAAGGAACUUCUACUUGA